AUGAACGUGAUGAUCGCAACAAAAACCGAUGAGUACGACUUGGAGAAAUUUUGGAAAAUAGAGUCACUGGCUACCGAGAAAAUUGACACCACAAAGUUAGAAGAACAGAUAGAUAUUCAAAAGACGUAUGAAGAGAAACAAAUUCGUAACCAUGACAACAGAUAUUUUGUAACGUUACCAUGGAAAGAGGAUCACCCUACGUUACCGACAAAUAAAGCCAUUGCACAACGAAGGACGGAAAGUGUAGUAAGAAGACUUAGCAAUGAACCCAAACUACUGGAAAAAUAUGGAGAAAUAAUGGCUGAGCAGGAGAAAAGGGGCUUCAUAGAGAAAGUGGAUACUACUAAUGAGGCCGAUGAAAAGAGCAAAAUACACUAUAUUCCGCAUCAUGCUGUGAGAAAAGAUUCAACUACAACACCAAUCAGGGUCGUAUUCGACUGCAGUUGUAAAGCAACACCUGAAUCGUCUAGUCUUAAUGAUUGUUUGAUGACUACUCCACCCAAUUUAAAUGACUUAGUCGGCAUUCUUUUAAGAUUUCGUUUACACCAAUGUGACGUUACUACUGAUAUAGAGAAGGCGUUCUUGAACGUUGGAUUAGAGACACAGGAUAGAGAUGUCACACGUUUCUUUUGGUUUGAUACACCAACAGACCCAUCAACUCCUCUAUCAACUUACCGAUUUAAGUCUGUAUUAUUUGGAGCCACUUCAUCGCCAUUCAUACUGAAUUCCGUUCUACAAAAACACUUGAGAGAGAACCGUUGUGAAUAUACUGACACUUUAAAGAACGAUUUGUAUGUUGAUAAUAUUGUAGCGGGUCAAUUGGCGAAAAGGGCAGAAACACAUACACCGAAAACUUUGGAUAUAAAAUCCCGACGUAUUAAAUCAAAACCUCUGGCAACACCCUAA